AUGUCGGCCCCAACCGUAUCUCGCCAGGUCGCCCGCUCCGCUCUGCGCACCACAGCCCGCAACACCUUCGCGACAUCGUCCCGCCAAGCCUUCCGCCAGGGCAGUGGCCGUCGUUUCUACUCUUCCGAGCCGCCCAAGGCCUCGAGCACCUCGCCUUUGUUGUAUGUCGCCGGUGCCGCCGUUGUCGGUGCUGGUGGCUACUGGUUCUACAACCAGCAGGCCGGUGCCUCGGCCACGCCCAAGGUCUUCAACCCCACCAAGGAAGAUUACCAGAAGGUCUACAAUGAGGUUGCCAACCGUCUUGAGGAGAAGGACGACUACGAUGACGGCAGUUUCGGUCCUGUCCUUGUCCGCCUCGCCUGGCACUGCAGUGGAACUUACGAUAAGGAGACCGGAACUGGCGGCAGCAAUGGUGCUACCAUGCGAUUCGCACCUGAGGGCGACCACGGUGCCAACGCUGGGCUGCAACACGCUCGGGACUUCCUCGCCCCCGUGAAGGAGAAAUUCCCCUGGAUUUCGUACUCCGACCUGUGGAUUCUUGCGGGUGUCUGCGCCUUCCAGGAGAUGCAGGGUCCCCAGAUUCCGUACCGACCUGGUCGCUCCGAUAGAGAUGCUGCUGCCUGCACGCCCGACGGCCGCCUGCCGGACGGGUCCAAGGGCUCGGACCAUCUCCGAGGCAUCUUCUACCGUAUGGGCUUCAACGAUCAGGAGAUUGUCGCCCUGUCUGGCGCCCACGCUCUGGGCCGUUGCCACACCGACCGAAGUGGUUUCGAGGGGCCGUGGACCUUUUCUCCUACUGUCCUGACCAACGACUACUACCGUCUUCUCUUGGACGAGAAGUGGUCUGUCCGCAAGUGGGACGGUCCCCAGCAGUACCAGGACAAGGGCAGCAAGUCCCUCAUGAUGUUGCCGACCGACUAUGCCCUCAUCCAGGACAAGGCGAUGAAGCCGUGGGUCCAGAAGUACGCCAAGGACAACGACGCAUUCUUCAAGGACUUCAGCGCCGUUAUCGUCAAGCUGUUUGAGCUUGGCGUACCGUUGAAGCCCGAGACAGAGCCCAUGGUGUUCAAGCCUGUCAACGCCUAG